AUGGCACCUUCUGCUAUCACAACUACUGAAGAGUACCAAUACCCGUUGAAAGACAUACAGUCGUUCAACAACUAUUCAGCUAGUAGUGUUGACAAUCAUGGCGCCUGCUACUCCAAGCAGUUGAUUGGGGACGCUCUCAAGAGCCGUGUCGAGGCUAUUGAUUCUGAUACCUGCAAUGUUGGCGAGGAAGAUGCCUUCUUCAUCGCUGAUCUGGGCGAGGUCUACCGCCAGCAUCUACGCUGGAAGACGAACCUGAGCCGUGUUAAGCCCCACUAUGCCGUCAAGUGCAACCCCGACCCUCAGGUCUUGCGCCUUAUGACUGCCUUGGGCCUCGGCUUCGACUGCGCUUCCAAGAACGAGAUUGAGACGGUUCUCAACUUGGGUGUUGAUCCUUCCCGCAUCAUCUAUGCGCAGCCUUGCAAAACCAAGUCGUACGUGCGAUACGCCGCUCAGUCUGGCGUUAAGCAGAUGACGUUUGACAACGCAGACGAGCUCUACAAGACGAAGCAGCUCUUUCCCGACGCUGAGCUAUACCUGCGCAUCCUGACCGAUGACUCGGCCAGCUUGUGCCGUCUCAGCCAGAAGUUCGGUGCCUCCCUGGACACCACCGCCGAGCUCUUGGAGCUGGCGAAGAAAUUGGAACUCAAUGUUGUGGGAGUGGCUUUCCACGUCGGUUCCGGUGCAUCCGACCCCAAGGCUUUUAUCAAGGCUGUCCAGGACGCCCGGUUCGUCUUCGACCAAGCGGCUGCGCUCGGCUUCAACAUGCACACUCUGGACGUGGGCGGUGGUUUCACGGGCGAUGUCACUUUCGAACCCAUGGCCGCUGUCUUGUCUGCUGCCUUGGACGAAUACUUCCCGCCCCACAUUCGCGUCAUUGGGGAGCCUGGACGUUACUACGUUUCCACGGCCUUUACCCUCGCCUGCCACGUCAUUGCUCGCCGCACUGUCAAUGAUGCUACCCUUGGCACCACUUCGUACAUGUUGUACAUGAACGACGGUGUAUAUGGUAACUUUUCGAGCAUCAUCUUCGAUCACCAGCACCCAGUGCCACGUGUGUUGAAGAAUGGUAAUGACGUCUUGUAUGACGUUCGUCGUUCCGGAUACGACACGCCGUCUCAGGUCGAGUACUCCAUCUGGGGUCCGACUUGCGAUGGCAUCGACGUCAUCUCAUCUUCCUGCACCUUCCCCGAACUGCUUGACGUUGGUGACUGGCUCUACUUUGAGGAGAUGGGUGCCUACACCAAGUGCUCCGCUACCCGCUUCAACGGCUUUAGCGACAGCCACGACGUCGUGUACGUGUGCAGCGAGGCUGGUGCGGCUGCUCUCAUGGGUAUGUAA